AUGAUCACCCCAGCGAUGAAGAUGAAGGAAUCUCUGGCAGCAGGUAAGGCGCUGAGGUUAGACGAUGAUGAAGUCAAUAGGAAGAUAACCUUCGAUGCAACCUUUCAACAUGCUGUGGUCCGGCAACAUGUCUCUUUAGGACACACUCUAGGGUCCAGGUAUCAAUUCUGUCUACUACAUACUCCACAACGGCGUUUCAAAGGGCUCUUUUUCCAUGAGGCAGUUUGA